CACCGGCUGUGAGGGGCGUGCCUGAGAGUAGGCAGCGGGAGAGGGCGUGGAAGUGAGAGGCAGGAUAGCAUUAGCUCGCCAGCCAAGCGAUUGUGUUGCUGUGCUAUGGGGAUUCUGCGCAUUGGCUUUAUUGCUCACUUUACCGGCUGGAGGAAGUGCGGGGGACCUUCAGGGUGGCCGCAGUGACAGGCGCCAGGGGUUGUGCCGCAGGAUCGUUGGCAGAGGGAGGGCGCCGAAAGGCCACAUUCUGCCCUCGCUAUGUGUAGGCUAGUAUGGCUUCUGGUUCCUUGGAUUGCUGGGAUAUCUGCCGAAGACAGCGCGAUGGAGGAGAUCGCUACGGAGAAGGAGGCAGAGGAGAGCCACCGGCAGGACAGUGUUAGCCUGCUGACCUUCAUCCUGCUGCUCACCCUCACUAUCCUCACCAUCUGGCUCUUCAAACACAGGCGGGCACGCUUCUUGCAUGAGACCGGCCUGGCCAUGAUUUAUGGACUGAUUGUUGGGGUGAUAUUAAGAUAUGGCACACCUUCUAGCAGUAGCUACGAUAAACCCAUCAGCUGCACCCAAGAACAGAGAGCCUUUACCACGCUGCUCGUCAAUGUCAGUGGCAAGUUCUUUGAAUAUACCUUGAAAGGUGAAAUUAUCCCAGAGAAGAUACAUAACAUGGAGCAGAAUGAUAUGUUGAGAAAAGUAACCUUUGACCCUGAAGUCUUCUUCAAUAUUUUAUUACCUCCUAUUAUAUUCCAUGCUGGAUAUAGCUUAAAAAAGAGGCACUUUUUCCGAAACAUUGGAUCCAUUCUCGCUUAUGCAUUCUUUGGUACUGCACUCUCCUGCUUCAUUAUAGGGAAUCUUAUGUAUGGGGUAGUGAAAUUAAUGAAGCUUGUGGGACAACUAGAUGGCAAGUUUUACUACACUGACUGUCUGUUUUUUGGAGCCAUAAUCUCAGCUACAGAUCCAGUAACUGUCCUUGCCAUAUUUAACGAUCUGAGGGCAGAUGUAGAUCUGUAUGCUCUACUGUUUGGAGAAAGUGUCCUCAAUGAUGCCGUAGCCAUCGUAUUGUCUUCGUCAAUAGUCGCUUACCAGCCCACUGGGGAGAACACGCACACGUUUGAUGCUUCUGCAUUUUUCAAGUCUGUUGGAGUAUUUGUUGGGAUAUUUAGUGGCUCUUUUGCUAUGGGAGUAUGUACUGGUAUUUCAACAGCUCUCGUGACCAAGUUUACAAAGCUCCAUUGCUUCCCCUUACUGGAGACCGCUCUCUUCUUCCUGCUCUCUUGGAGUACAUUCCUCUUGGCAGAGGCUUGCGGAUUUACAGGUGUAGUGGCUGUUCUUUUCUGUGGCAUCACACAAGCUCAUUACUCAUAUAAUAAUUUAUCUUCUGAGUCGAGGAACAGAACCAAACAGCUGUUUGAAGUCCUGCACUUUCUGGCCGAGAACUUUAUAUUUUCAUACAUGGGCUUGGCACUUUUCACCUUUCAGAAGCAUGUCUUUAGCCCUGUUUUUAUUGUAGGGGCUUUUCUUGCUAUUUUUGUUGGGAGAGCUGCACAUAUAUAUCCUCUCUCAUUUUUCCUGAAUUUGGGAAGGAGGCACAAAAUUGGGUGGAACUUUCAGCACAUGUUGAUGUUCUCAGGUCUUCGAGGUGCUAUGGCAUUUGCUCUCUCCAUCCGAGAUACAGCUACAUACUCUCAUCAAAUGAUGUUUUCUACCACCCUUCUGAUUGUUUUCUUCACAGUUUGGUUUAUUGGUGGGGGCACAACACCUAUGUUAUCCUGGCUGAAUAUCAGAGUUGGUGACCAUGUGCCAUCGUUGGAGGAUGCAACCGUUAGACGUUGGCAGUAUUUCAGAGUUGGAGUUGAUCCAGAUCAAGAUCCAGCACCAACAAAUGACAGCUUUCAAGUACUUCAUGCAGAUGGUACUAGCAUUAACGGUGGCAGUCGUACAAAGCAGGAAAGUGCCUGGGUGUUUCGGUUGUGGUAUAACUUUGAUCACAAUUAUCUGAAGCCGAUGCUGACCCACAGUGGCCCUCCAUUAUCGACAACUCUCCCCAGCUGGUGUGGGCUAAUUGCCAGGUGUUUCACAAGCCCCCAGGUCUAUGACAAUGUUGAGCAAUUGAGAGAGGAUGAUGCAGAUUUUAUUCUAAAUGAUGGCGACCUUACAUUAACUUAUGGAGACACCACCAUAACAGCUAAUGGCUCAUCCGGUUCUCACACAGCAACCACAAGCCUUGAUGGCAGGAGAACAAAAAUGAGCUCGGAGGAAGCCUUAGAACAUGAACUGGCAGGGGGAGACUAUGAGAUUACCAACAGAGGCACUCGGCUAGUUUUUCCGCUUGAAGAAAAUGCAUGAUGUGGAAAACCAGCAAUCAUUAGGGAAAGCCAAUGCAAGCCAGGAGUGGUGCCAGGGCAUCUUCGGCCCAGUGUGGUGAAGAGCUGGCUGCAGUUCAAACAUUAAAACAUAACAACCCUUGUGAUACUGAAAGUGGGACAUUAUCAGGCUACAAUCACUUUUCUUCUUCAAUGAGGCAGUUGCAAGUUUUGUGGUUUAGAUGUGAUAGUUAUGCACACAGAUUUGCAGGAGCCUUUAUUUUGCCUGUUCCUCUGACCCUAAAAAGAAGAACUUGAAACAUAAGCUACUGGAGCAUAAUCCUAGGACUGUCUAGUGAACACCCCAUAUGUGUGAGGUCAGUCUGACUGCUUGGCUUUGCCCACAUCAUAGCCACAUUGCAGCCUUUUUACUUAGGAGCAAGGAUCUUUCUCGUUUUGAAAGUGCCUGAUAUUUAAUACCAAAAGGCAAUCCUUACCAGUUUGGGAGAAGUGUUACAUGCAUUUUUCUACCUUACAUGUUAAUUCUGUAAUGCAUGAAAUCAAUGUUUUAUCCAAAAUAUUGUCUUAUCAUUUUGUCAGGUUAAGGAAAAAUAUGGUUUUCCACAAGCAUGACCAUUACUAGUGCAAGUUACUAACUGACAUUUCACUGUUCUCUGGAACCAUGUCAAUUCCACUUCAGAGCAUGGCCUGAUCUAUAGAAAGAGGGGCAUUUACUAUAUCUGAAUAUAUUCCGCAUCUAACUUGCUUUGCAGUUAAUUGAAAGGGAAAAAAUUAAAAACUGACAAUUUUUUUUUUACCGAUUCAGAUGUUCCAGAGCGCUUGUAGCUGAUUAAAGCAAAUAGUCUUCUCUGGUAUAUGCUUCAUUCAAACAUUAUUGUAACUGUACAAAUAGUUCUUAGUAUCACUGUUUUCCUGUACUAACAGCCAGUGGUAUAGGCAGCAAAGGAAGCAAGCUAAUUUAUGCUGCUAUAAAACAUUGAUAUUUCAAAUUGAGACCAUUUCCAUGAAGCAUGCCCCAGAAAUGACUCCUAUUUAGCUGUAUGACCUUCCCAUACAAAAUGUCACUGCCCCUUUAUGACUGCCCCAAUAUGCACAGUUGUUUCUUGGUGGCAAGAGUAUUUUUUAGCAGAGACAAAGUGAGUAGCAAUGAUUUUCUCUUCCAGAAUAUUGCUAUCUGAGCACAAUAUGGAGAAGAGUUGUUCUUAAAAUAUUUUACGGUAUCUCUGGACACCAACAGCUUUAGCAGUUUCACAAAAAAUGUAUAGGAAGCAAUGGCACAAAUUUAACAAAAAAUAUUAAUAAUCUGUGCAACAAUUCUCUUUAAUCUGACAUAGUGUUGUGCUGGACAUUUAUACAAUUAGUUCCUUUUGGAUCUUUAGAGAAUGUCCAUGACUCAGGAACCCCCUGGGGCUUCUAUCAAUAUGCAAGGUUUGCGGCACCUACUCAAAUUUACACAACCCACUGGGAUGCAAAAUAUCAUUUUUACCCUGGGUUUCUGUUUAAAGUAGUAAUAUAGACAUGUGAUUAAUAAUAAACUUGGGAUUCUUACUUGAGUUAAUAACUUUCUAUGUCGUUCCAUCUAGAAAGAAUUUAUUAGAAAUGUUCUUCCCUUUGUGUCUAGCGACAGAUGUGGUCUGUAUUUUGGUUUUACUUAUUUACAUUGAAUCCUCUGUCGGGAUUGCCAGGAAAUUUGAUUAGAUGGCAUUGUCCCGUACAUGCUUUCCAAGACAGCAGGAUUGUGUGUGACUUUGCACUCUCCCACAUGUGGGACAUAUUAACAAUGGCCAUAGCCGCUGUCCCAUAAUGCUAUGCUCUCUAUAAAAUACAGAUAUUGACUACUGCAAGAGAAAUGUUCCUUAUAAAUGGUUAAAGAAAUCUUUGCCGUUUAGAUAUGGAUACUGAAAACUACAUAUUUUUUUUUGGUUUUGUCUAAAAUGACAUAUUUUCUUAUCUCUACAUAUGUCAUAUCUCAUGUGAAAAAGAAAGUGCACCCUCUUUCAAAUCUUUGGUUUUACAUAUCGUGAUACAACUAUCUUGUUCAAGUCCUAAAACUAGAUAAACAAAAAUGUCAUAAGACAACA